UCAGCAAAGCCCAAACUAUGGUGAUCCUGUCCAGGGAGAACCAAACAACAAUAGUAGAAUUUGUUCUUCAAGGAUUUUCUUCUGUCCUACAGCUAAAUAUUUCCCUCUUUAUAAUGUUUUUCAUUUUCUACAUCCUAACUAUUUCUGGAAACAUCCUUAUUGUCCUCCUAGUUUUGUUCAAUCAUACUCUCCAUACCCCUAUGUACUUCUUCCUGGUGAACUUGUCCUUUCUGGAGGUCUGCUACACCUCCAACAUUGUCCCCAAGAUGUUGCUGAUCAUCGUAACUGAACAUAAAACUAUCUCUGUGGUCGGCUGCCUGGUACAAUUCUACUUCUUUGGAUCCCUGGCUGCAACAGAGUGCGUCUUGCUCACUGUGAUGUCCUAUGACCGCUAUCUGGCCAUCUGCCAACCUCUCCGCUACCCCAUCCUGAUGACUGGUCCUCUCUGCAUUAGGCUGGCUACUGGUUCUUGGCUCUGCUGCUUCCUCCUCACAGCAAUCACCAUGAUCCUGCUGUGUAGACAAACCUUCUGUGGACCCAAUGAAAUUGAUCACUUCUUUUGUGACUUCUCACCUCUUAUCCAUCUCUCCUGCAUGGAUACUUCUCUGACUGAGACCACUGCCCUUGCCACUUCUUCUGCAGUUACUCUGGUCCCAUUUUUCCUCAUUACAGUUUCCUACUCAUGCAUCCUUGCUGCCAUCCUAAGAAUACCAUCUGGCACAGGCAGGAGAAAGGCUUUCUCCACCUGUUCUUCCCAUCUCACUGUGGUCACAGUGUUUUACGGGACACUGAUUGCCACGUAUCUUGUCCCCUCGGCCAACUCUUCCCAGUGUUUACGCAAAGGGUUCUCUCUGCUCUACACUAUCCUGACACCUAUGUUCAACCCUGUCAUCUACAGCCUGAGAAACAAAGAUAUCCAUGGAGCUUUGAAGAAGUGCUUGAGUAAGAAGUCAGGUUUCUUCAGAUGAUAUGAAAAAGAAAAGUGCUAUGACACAUACCUCCAAGGAUGAC